AUGGAGAGAUACAGAGGCGACCGCGACGGCGGCGGCGAAGUCGGCGGGAGGCACCCGAGGAUGGCGUCGCGGUGGUCGUCCAGCGGGCCCGCGGACCCGCGCCACCGCUACCCCGACCACUCCCGCGGUGGAGGCGAGGGCUUCGCCGGGGCCCGCCACCACCCCUACCGAGGCCCUCAGGACUUCCCUUCCGGAGGCAGAGGUGGGUUCCGCAGGGGACCGGAUGGCUUCGGCCACCAGAUGCCGAUGGGCGGUCCGCGGCGGUGGUGGCGGGCGGCGGCUUUUCCAGCCAGAGGCGGCGGUUCCCCAGAUAAUGCUGACAGGAGCAAGUUUGCUAAACUUUUUAUUGGAUCAGUGCCAAGGACUGCAACUGAAGAAGAGAUCCGACCUGUAUUUGAGGAGCAUGGAGAUGUUAUUGAAGUGGCUUUGAUUAAGGACAAGAGAACUGGUCUACAACAAGGUUGCUGUUUCGUAAAAUAUGCAACUUCAGAGGAGGCUGACAGAGCCAUCAAAACUUUGCAUAAUCAGUAUACUUUGCCUGGGGGAUCAGGUCCUAUUCAAGUAAGAUAUGCUGAUGGGGAACGGGAACGCCUUGGUGCAGUUGAGCACAAGUUGUUUGUUGGAUCACUCAAUAAGCAAGCCACAGAAAUGGAAAUUGAGGAAAUAUUUUCUCCAUAUGGUCAUGUUGAAGAUAUCUACAUUAUGAGAGAUGAUAGGAAGCAAAGCCGUGGAUGUGGCUUUGUGAAAUUCUCAAACCGAGAGAUGGCAGCAGCAGCUAUAAAUGCCCUUAAUGGAAACUUUGUGAUGAGGGGUUGCAAUCAGCCAUUGAUUGUUCGAUUUGCUGAUCCUAAAAGGCCUAGGCCUGGCGAGUCAAGGGGUGGUCCUGCAUUUGGAGGCCCUGGGUUUGGUCCUCAACUGCAAGCACCAAUAGGGGUCAGGUCCGUACCUACGCUCAGUGAGCCAAUUGGUGGACCACCCAAAUUUGCUGAGCCAAUGAGUGGAGGAGUGCGACCUAAUGCUUGGCACCCAGCGAGCCCUGAGUCAGUGGAACCAUCUCCUCAAGCUAGCAGUCAGGGAUUUGGCAGUAAUCUAGCUGCCAAAGUUGGUGACUUGACAACAUCUUCAGUUUCUCAGCUUGGCAAGGUUCAAAUCCCUCAAACUACGGGCUUUCCCUCCAUGAGCCAGACUCUGCCAUCCCAGCAGUUAUUUAAUUUGGGUGCACAGCUGCCUGCUUCACAAGCUUUAUUCCAGCAGACCGCUGCAGCCAAUGGUCUGCAGAUUCCAUUAAACCUACAGCAGCCAGGUAUGGCUGCUGCUUCUAGCCAACAGCACAUGCCUGCAUCUACCAUCUCUCAGCAACAGCUUCAGCAGCCUGUCCAACAAUUGCCGUCACAACUCACACAGGCGCUUCUGCAACAACAGGCACAAUCUUUGCAAUUAAGCUUUCAAUCAUCACAACAGGCAAUUUCCCAGCUUCAGCAACAGCUGCAGAUGAUACAACCCUCAAGUGCAACUCAGCAGCAAAAUUCUCAGACUGCGAAACAGCAGUCUCCAUGGAGUGCAGUUGUAUCCCAAUCAGCUUCCAGCAAUCCUGUUGGUACACCUACUGCUGUUACGUCUUCAAAUGUAUCCAUGACUCCACCUCCGACAGCUAGUCAAUCUGCAGUUCCAAUAUCCUGUGACUGGUCAGAGCACACCUCUCCUGAUGGAUAUAAAUACUACUACAACUGUGUUACUCGUGAAAGCAGGUGGGAGAAACCUGAAGAGUUGACACGUUUCGAAGAACAGAAGAAACCGCAGCAACAGAUGAAACUAGUUGCACAACAUCUUCAGCCACCAUCUCAAGCCCAGUCACAAUCACCAAUACAGCCUACCCAAGCGUCUCAAACACAACAAACACAAUCACAAUUGCAGCUCAGGCAGCAGGCUCCGGUGCAGUUCAUUCAGCCUUUGCCGUAUCAAGCUUCUGGUUUGGCUAGCCAGCAAAGCAAUCAGGCUGCCAAUUCAAUCAAUGAUUCAGCUCGAGUCCAACAGGCAAUGCAGGCUGGACAGGAGGUGGUGUGGAAAAACAUGGCCACAGGUUCUUGAUAGUGCCAUCAAAGGUGCAGUAAAGCAGUACAUCAGAGCCAUAAAACAUCCCCAGGACAAGAGCUUGCAAAGUGAGAAAUGUGAAAAAUCUGAAGAGGAAGGGAUGCGUGCUGCACUUCAUCUGCACCUUAACUAAUUUAAUAGGAGUGGAAAUGCUCUUCUUUUUUUUUUCCAGUGAUAGAAUUUGUAGGAUUAUUAUUUAAUUCAAACAUAUAGAUCAAUAAGAAUCCUGUCGUUUAUUUAUUCCCCUAUGGGCACACUCCCCAGGAUCUACUCUGUUAUGUGAUCAUCCCUCUACGUCUCUAACAUCUUUUGGCUGAGCUUGUUGAACUUUGUUAGUCUCUUAACAAGGUGGCGAGUUUAUGAUAAAAGGAUGUGGUGAUGGAAAA